UCAAAUCUAAAUAAUCAUAUUUUAUUUCAUUUGUAUUCCUAUUAUUUACAAAUGAUCAUGGAUCACGUGUUAUAACAUUCUUGGAUUAAAUAUUCUAAUAAACAGAAGAAAUUUUUGUUUUAUACAAGAUUAGAAAAUGAGUUUUUCUAUUUGGAAUUCUAUUGUAGUCCUGUGUACUAGUGACAGUGUUUUAGUUUAUAACCUGGACACAAAAAUAGAAAAUAUUAUAAAUUUACCGAAACUGAAACUUGAAAAAGAAAUCAAAGCUCAUAAUCGAGAAGAUAUUGAGUCGUUUCACACUUUAACAAAUGUUGCAUUUUCUAACGAUGGACAAUAUUUUUCAAUAUGUGCUAAUCGUAAACAGUUAUGCUUGUACAGAAGUGAUAAUUUAAAACUGAUCUCUAAUCGUACAAUAACUAGAGCUGCUAGCAAAGUCAGAUUUCUUCCAAACAAUGAUAUUGUUGUAGCUGACAAAUCUGGAGAUGCUUAUUUAUUUUCUACUUCCAAACCAGAUGAAAAUGGACAAUUACUACUAGGGCACUUGUCAAUGUUGCUUGAUAUUCUAGCAACAGAUGAUGGAAAAUAUAUUAUCACAGCAGACCGAGAUGAAAAAAUUCGAAUUUCAAUGUUUCCUAAUAGUUAUAAUAUAGUAUCUUAUUGUUUGGGACAUAAAAAUUUCGUUACAAAUAUAGCCAUUCUUCCACAUGAUAAAAAUAUUUUGGUAUCAAGUGGAGGAGAUGGAAUGCUGAUGUUUUGGGAUUUCUUGGCUGGAAGAGAAUUGAGUUUGAUUCAUUUCCAUGAAAAGUUAAUUCAGGAUGAUUUACUUACGCUCAAUCAAAUUCUUAAAGAAAAUAAUUUAGAGGAGCAAAUAACAGUAUCACCAGUUAAACAUAUGAAAUUGUUGCAAAUCAAAGAAAGUGAGUCUGUGAUUAUAAUAACAUUUUAUUGUAGUAAUGUGGUAUUAACAUAUAGUGUCUCAGGAAAAUUAGAUUGUUUAAAUGUGGAAUUUCUAGAAUUACUUAAGGUAGAAAAAGAACCUUUAGAAUGUCAUUGUUAUAAAAAUCAACUAUGGAUUUUGACAGAUAUUAACAUUCAAGUUUAUCAGUUCAAUGACAAAUGUUUUGUCAUUAAUAAAAAUUUAAACAAGGAAAUUCAAAAACUGAAUGAGUUAUGGAAAAAACUACAUAGUGCAUCAAGUCAAACAUUACUACCAGUAUUGUACAAAAGAAAGUUUGAUAGUGUGCAAGAAUAUCAUGAGAGGAAAAAGUCAAGAUUGGCUAAAUAAUAGUUUCCAUUGGACAAUACAUUAUAAAUUUUAUUACUUAAUAUAAAUAUUUAUUUAUAAAUUGUAUGUUACUUGCAUGGGAUUCAAUUAUAAAAAACAAUA